CUUCCUCCUGCAUCCUGACCGUUGCAGCUCUGACCUCCUGGACGUCAGCGUCCCACCCAACCCCAUGGCGAGCAAUAUCCCCGCUAGUUUGAGAUCCGCCGACAUUGGGCGGUACGCGUUGCGGGCGGCUCAGCUCGAACGCGCGAAGCCCGUUGUUGCCUACUGGUGUAACUUCUGGAUUGUUAAUCAGAUCAUCGGACGGGGACUACACACUUCCGACGACGAUGUCAAGCUAUACACAACGGACCUGGUGGACAAGUUGGAGCAGUUCAAGAGUGAAAAUGUCGAUAAUGAUGCGGUAACCGAUGCGGUGGCUGCCAAUGCCUACGUGGAGCAGUUCGGAUUGGAGAUCCUUGGCCGUGCGGAGGCGACAAUGAAAGCCAAUAAAGUGACCAAACAGACGGCCGAUACGUUCCAAGCUGCUGCUACGUUCCUCGAAUUGUGUCAAAUUUGGACCAACCCUCCGGAACCUGAGAUCGCCGCGAAGAUCAAGUUCUGCAAGUACCAUGCGGUGAGGAUCAUAAAGGCUAUCAAGGCGGGAGAGGAUCCUAAUGCGUCCAACCCGGCGCCUACUGAGGAAGAUGAACUCGAAAGUGAACUUAGGGGAAUGGAGGCCAAGCAGGACGAUCCCGAAGUGCAGGCCAUCGUGGGAUCGUCAGCCGCACAACCUGGGCAGCCUUCUGUUGAAGAGGUCCCUGAUGAGUCUAUGCAACCUUCACAAUCACCUCUCAGUCUCCCGCAACCUCCGACCACGUUUGCCGAUGUUCCGGCUGCUCACUCCGGAGCGGACCCGAUGUCUACUUCGAACGAGGAGGGCGAUGCGGAGCCAGGCGCACCGCUGAAUCUCCCCUCUGCUCCAGAGACUUUCACUUCACCUGCUGCUCCCUCAGUACCCAACAAUCCAGAUACACCCGCGGAUAUUGGUGCAAAGCCUCCGCAAGCUCGUGCUGACUCGUUCCACUCCUUCCCUCCACCGUCCUCCAUCCCGCCUUCGAGCCCGUCGGCAGCUUCUCACGACGCAAGCUCGUUCUACACCAAACCGACAAGCAGCGUCGCUCCGCCUCCACCGUUUGUACAAUCAUCCUCUGCAACAGUGCCUGUAGUCUCUAGUCCUACUCCUCAAAGUUUCCCGUCAUCUACACCACCUCCACCUGCACCCGCCGCUUCUAGUUCCAGUGGAGUGAACCCUCAGUCACUUGAUGACCAAGCCAUAGCUCUUGCUCAGAAGCAUGCCCGCUGGGCCGUGUCAGCCCUGACAUUUGACGAUGUUAACACAGCGAUCAAAGAGCUAAAGAACUCACUUCGCUAUCUCGGCGCGGAAUGAAAUGAUGUGGGACGUGUGCCUGGGAUUGACGUAUUUGCAAGCUGAGAAGCAUAGAAAAACAUCCAACCUGACUGAGCUAUGAAUAUCAAGACCAUCUUAUGACAAGAACUC